AUGAAAGAGUUCAGAUAUGCUCUUCUUUUAUCCAAAGUAAAAACGAAAUUAGAAAAAACCCAUCAGAAUGAUCCAGCUUGUAAUGUUAGCGGAUUCAAGGAUGACGAAGGGAAGGAAAUCGCGGAUGAAGACGGAAGACUAACUACAGAACACGAUACCAGUGAGGAUAACUCAGAAGCAGAUGAGUCUCCAAAUAACGAUGAAAAUGAUGAUGGAUACGAUAAAAAUGAUGAAGAUGCCAAUGACGAAGACAAUGAUGAUGAAGAAGAAAGUAAUAAUGAAGAAGAUGAUGACAUGAAGGAUGACGAUGAUGAACAUGAUGAUGAUGAUUCGGGAAAUGAUGAUGACGAUGAUGGCAAUUUGGGUUAUAAUAGCGAAUCUCCUAUCAUUGGCAAUACCGAAUACGUACCCGAUAGAUCCCCAGCACCUCGCUCAUCUCCACCUAAGGACAAUUCCGCUCAUGAUCCGUCUCACUCUAUGCCUCCACCAAGACAAAGUGAAGCUGUUGCAAAUCAAGCUCGUGAUGAUAAAAUGGAAGCAUCACCUGGUGAUGAAUCGCUGGAAACAUCGCCUCCAGAAAUGCCAUUUGAACACAGAAGUUCUCUUCAAAAACGUAUGCUUCUUUUUCCCGAAAGAAGUCCCACUCUCGACCAUCUUGAUCCCGAGAACAUUAUGCAUCAGAUGUUGAACACACAACCGAGCUUAUCUACUGCCGAUUUCCAAGAGAAGAUAACACAGGACCUCCAUCGUCAAAAUGAUCUUCGCGACAAGAUUGCAAAAGAACAGCAUGCCCUUAAACUAUCCCAAUUCGCCCUCAAAGAGAGAGUUGACCUUGCCUGCACAAAGUAUCAGCUCACUAUGCUCGAGUAUGUCAAAGAUGUCUUAAAUGCGGUUAAUACUCUAACCAGGUUUUCUGCCUCCCCAUGUGUUGAUGCCAAAAAGGGGGAAAAGAAUAGAAAGGAUGAUGAUAAGGACGAAGACAGAAAUAGAUCACCACCUAAUCUUGGAAGUGGAAAACGCUUUGAUGGGUACAAUAUACCUGUGUGGAUGAAGAAGAGAGAUAACUACUUCAGGCAAGUCCAACAUAGUCAAAGCAAUGAAGAAAUCAAGAAGGCAAAUCUUGAGCUAUGGAAUAAGCAAGAAGAGGCGAGACUUGCCAGAGAAAAGGAGUUGAUUGAGCGAGAAAGGGUAAAGGAUAAAAUCAAGGAUGUAACGAAAGUCAAGAAAGAUGCUAAAUCAGGAGUCAAAUAUAAUGCUGCAUUCAAGAUCCACGCAGAAUCAGGGAAGAGGUACACCGAAGGGAUGCACUCGUUUGAGCUCAUUGCCUGGUGGAAUCUCGGCAUCAUUGAAGGAUAA